GCCUCACUUCCCCCCUUCCCCCACCGCCGCCACCACCUCCCUCCUCCUCAAGACCCCACCGCUGAGGCCCUGCUUUCUUGGCCGACUGACAACUGCGUUUUGCACCCCGCGUCGGCAGAGGAGGCUCCGUUCCACCCGGCCAGUGAUGGAGCGCGCGGCGGCGUUCCUGGAGCUGGUGGCGAAGCAGGUGGACCCGGGCGCGCCGGGGUUCUGGCGGGACUUCCUGGUGGGCAUGCUCAAGCCGGUGGCGGCCACGGCCGUGGUGGCCCUGGCCGUCGCGCUCAGCUUCUCGCAGCGCCUGGGGCUCGAGGGCGAGAUGCUCUACGCCAUCGCGCGCGCCUUCCUCCAGCUCUCCAUCAUCGGCUUCGUCCUCCAGUUCAUCUUCACCCAGAAGAACGCGCUCUGGAUCCUCCUCGCCUACCUCUUCAUGGUGACGGUUGCGGGCUACACGGCGGGCCAACGCGCGAAGCAGGUCCCCCGCGGGAAGUACAUCGCCUGCGUCUCCAUCCUGGUCGGCACCGCCAUCACCAUGUUCCUGCUCGUCGUGCUCAACGUCUUCCCCUUCACGCCCCGCUACAUCAUACCCGUCGCCGGCAUGAUGGUCGGCAACGCCAUGACCGUCACCGGCGUCACCAUGAAGAAGCUCAGGGAGGACGUCAAGAUCCAGAGGAACCUGGUGGAGACUGCACUUGCUCUGGGUGCGACGCCGCGUCAGGCGACACUGCAGCAGGUGAAGAGGUCGCUGGUGAUCGCGCUGUCCCCGGUGAUCGACAACGCCAAGACGGUGGGGCUGAUCGCGCUGCCGGGCGCCAUGACGGGGCUCAUCAUGGGCGGCGCGUCGCCGCUGGAGGCCAUCCAGCUGCAGAUCGUGGUGAUGAACAUGCUCAUGGGUGCCUCCACUGUCAGCAGCAUCCUCUCCACCUACCUCUGCUGGCCGGCCUUCUUCACCAAGGCCUUCCAGCUCGAAGACAAGGUCUUUGCCGACUAGAACAGAGUACUAGGGAAUGAGGUCUCUUUCUUUCUGAGAAAGGAGAAGAAAAGGAGCGGUUUAAGGCCACUCAAAUGCCUGCAUUUUCGUGUGAAAGAAAAACUGCAACUUUCAUUGUCAGUUUUGCUGGUGAAUUACUGAGCUGUAACUGCAGUUUAGAGAUUGUCAGCGCCUGUGCGUGGCUGUGUUUCUAGAAUUUGUAAAUCACUGCUUCUGCUUCCUUUUCCUAACAAGAAGUCCAAGAGGAAAUGUCACGCUGUUAAAUUU